GCGGGGGCGGGGGAGGAGGGGGCCGCCGCGCGGCGCCUCCCCCGCAGCGCGCGCCAUGGCGGCCAACGAGGACCAGGAGAUGGAGCUGGAAGCCUUGCGGUCUAUUUACGAAGGGGACCGGUGCUUCAGAGAGCUCAGCCCGGUUUCCUUUCAGUACAGGAUAGGUGAAAAUGGAGACCCCAAAGCCUUUCUGAUUGAAGUUUCUUGGCCAGAAACAUAUCCACAAACAGCACCAGUCAUAUCGAUGGAUGCUUUCUUCAACAAUACAAUAUCUUCAACUGUUAAACAAAGUAUAUUGGAUAAAUUAAUGGUAGAAGUUGAAGCUAAUCUUGGAACUGCUAUGACAUAUACACUUUUUGAAUACGCCAAAGAUAAUAAAGAAUUGUUCAUGGAAAAUCAGCCUGUUAACACUGUGACUUCAGCAAGCAAUAGUAUUGCAAUUGGAACUCCUGAUGUGCCAGCAAGUAAGAAGAAAGAUAAAAAGGAGCAGUUAUCCAAAACCCAGAAACGAAAGCUAGCUGACAAAACAGGAAAGAUGAAGGUUCUCUUUAGCUCAUGCAUUGAAAAUAAAAACUGCUUGUUCUGCAGAUCACAAAGGGGAACUUCCUCGAGGAUGGAACUGGGUGGAUGUAAUUAAGCAUGUAAGUAUUCUCAAGUUAUCUUUUUUAACACUGAAAAGAUUUGCAAGAAAUAGGAUUGAAAAUGAGUAGCAAUUCUUACUAUUUCAUAUAUUUCUCAAAUGCUUUAAAAAUGCUUAAUUUUUCUGAAUAUUAAAUAGCAUCUGAAGCACUUUCAUUCCUCUCUGAAACUCGUUUCAGUAUUUUUUUUCAUUUAUUGAGCAAUUAAAUUUUAGUUUUUGACAAGAGACUUUAGAUGUCGAAACACACUGCAAAUACUCUGUCUUUGUAAGAAAACAAGAUAUAAAAUAAAAUUAGUAGUGCAGCCAGGUUCUGGAGAGCAACAGAUAGGAAAGUAGAAGCAAUGAGUAGCUUUCUCAAGUAGGGACACCUUACUGUCUCCUACAAGCCUGAGCAUUCUCUGCUAUAACUCUUCAAAUGAAGAAUUCUCUUCUCCUUGUUCCCUCAGCACUGAUAUUUUUCACCUCCUUGUCUUUACUGUUAAGUGAAAGUGAAUAUAGCUGCCUGACAAAUUUUAUAGCGAACUAUUUUAUUUUAUACAACCAUAAUUAAUUCUCAGUCUAAGGCUUAACACCAUUGCUAGUUGUUUAAUACCAGUGAGCGAAUGUGGUUAUGAGCAGAGAACUUCUAAUAGUGACUAUUUGUUGUGGACAUCAUGGAUUUCAGAAAAAGUUUCCUGAUAGAUGCACUACUUUUAAUAAUUAUGGACUUAGCCUUUAAAAAAGGGGAAUAAUAAUUUAAUGUCUGUUUUUAUAUUUCAUGCACAUGUGUAUGUGGAAACUGAGAUGUGUGGAAAUUAUUUUUUGUUAUUACAUCUGUUUUCUUUUGGAGAGCUAGGGACAGUCUUCAGUUAAAAUAAAAACAGUGCCCUAAGGUGUAUUUUCUCCCUCUUCCCCUUCUCUUUAAUCAGGCACAACCUUUCAAUUUACAUUUUUGAAAGUAGUUUGUAAAAAGGAAAGAUAGAGUUUCAGGUUCAGGAAAUAAGCUUAUUUAGUAUAUAAGCUAAAGAAAUAUUUUUGAGUCAUUUGCAUCUCUUAAUACAGUAGCACAGUCUGUAUUAUUAACUAAAUACACCUGUAUUCUGUGUAAGAUGGAAAUAAUGUUGUUCUUGUUUCCUAAUAAAUGGAAUAGCAGUCUAAACUUUGAACACUUUCUUUUUGUGUCUCUUUUAUAGUUAAGCAAAACUGGUUCUAAAGAUGAUGAAUAAAGGACUUUGGUACAAGGAAACUCCACCUUUUAAUACAGUACAAUUUUGGGUCACCAUCUUUCUCUUAACAACUUUCUUACUUCUUGAAGUAAACAUUUUAUAAAGCUCAAUUUCCUAACUCAUAAACCUAGUCACACGAGUUUAUCUAGAGACUUUGUGAUCUUUAACAACAAAACUUGCCUUAAAUGAAGGUUAAAAUGUGACAAAGGAUAUAGAGAGCCAAUGUGGUGAAAUGAAUAGUGAUAUAUGCAGUGUUAAUUAACUUAUAUUUUGCUCUGUAGUAAAAUCCUGUUAUAGUGAACUGAUGAUACUGUAAACAUUUCCUGAUGUUCUUUUUGAAUAGAAAAAAAACCACACUAUAACAGUGAUUUGUCACUUUACAGCAUAAUUCAUCAAAAUAAAUUAUUCCAUGGAAACAAAACCUUUGUCAUUUGUUUAUCUAAUAAAAUAUAGAAAGAGAACCUAAAAAGUUGUUACAUGACAAUAGACACUAGAGUUUGUGGUCCUGUUUUCACUAGUUAUUGACUAAAAUAGUAAAUUUUAGCAAAUGCAAGGCCAAAUAUUCUAGUCCUUUUCAAUAACAGUGGUUACAGCAGGAGUGUAUCUUCUUUAUUUUGUGCAGUGUACAUCUGUUAGUCUCUCUCCUGUGUGCAUCUUUACAGAAGCCUGAGGUCUGAGGCAGGGGGGAAGAGUUCCCUUGCGUGUGUCUCAGUGAGUGUUGGGGUUUGGUAACUCUUUCACUGAAGAAAUGGGGGUUCCUGGGAGGAAUUUGUUGGUUGAAUGGUGGGAUAGUGGGAAGAAGUCAGCACUCUGCCAAAUGUGUUGGGAAAACUUUUCUUUCUUCUUUUACUGGUCUACUCUCUUGUAUUGGAAGGAGAAGUCAUCUUUACUAUAUGAAUGGUAACUGAAUGCAAGAUGCCUUAAUGUCCUUUUUUUUUGUUUUGCUUUUUGUUUUGAGGUGAAUUUUAAUAAAUUACUAUUUAUCUGCUGUGGUA